UUGAUGUUCACACACUAAAAGAGAUUCGGCGUUUUCAGUUAAGUCGCGCGGUUUUAGGGGGACUGUGCCUUCAACUCUUACGUUUCAUUUAUGAUUAAAAAAUGAAAUUUGAACGUGGAUUUCAUUAUAAUCUUUUAUAGUGGCGAUUUGGUGUAAAAAGUUUGGCUGGACUUUGUUGUUGUAGCUUUUACCGUAGAACCAUUUAAACCUGAAAAAUGAAUCCAACCCUGACGAGGAAUGUAAUAAUCCUGUUUCUUAUUAUUGGAGAAAUUUCAGCUAAGCUCAUUAUAUCACAUACAACCGAAACCAAGUCAGUGGGCGAUUACUUAAGUGUGUUAUGUAAGGAAGAGAAUGGAGCAACCGUUACUUGGAAGGGACCAAGAAAUCGAAUUUACGGUGAAACGACGAAUCCUUUCGUGAAAAUAACGAUGCAUGGCGUUCAUCUCAUCUUCAAGAAACUUAAAUUAAGCGAUUCGGGAGUGUAUACAUGCAAAUCAGAGCACGGAGAAACCAUGAAAUAUGUAUUAGAAGUAGUCGCACAGGAAAAUUUCGAUUUCGAAGAAAUUGACCCCAUUGAGCCUCCGGUCUACUCGAAACCGACUAUAAUAAAACCUCGUCCUAUAUAUUUUACCACUUAUAGACCCCGUACCUCGGGGCCAUCGUCAUCCCCGAAAAAAGAGCAAAUAAGAUUUGUGGACACUCCUACCACUGUCACUGGUUCCGAAGGCAGCGACAUAUUCCUGAAAUGUGACGCAAGUGGUUCCGAUGAAAUAGAAUGGAGCGUAGAUGGCGAAGUUGUACCAAAAGAUGGUCCUAAAUACCAAGCAACUGCAGAUGGACUGCUAAUAAAAAACGCGUCCCCUGAAGAUUCAGACAAGGUCUAUGACUGUAAAGCUAUUGCAGUAGAGGCCGGGAACUUCGAGGUUCGGACUAUCAAUGUUACGGUUACACAUAAACCAAGACCAAAGUACGAGAGAGAAAACGUGGUUUUUGGGUAUAUUAAUGGCUACGUUAAUUUAACUUGCGACGUUGAAGCUGUUCCUGCACCUACAUUCAGAUGGCUAUAUAAGAAAACAAAAAAUGCAGGAUACAAACGGAUUGGCAAAGAAGUGACUAGCAACGAAGAAACACCAACAACAUCUGUCUUAAUGUUAUAUCUAAACGAAGACAGCUUUGGCGAGUACAAGUGUAUAGCAUCUAAUUCCGAAGGAGAAAUCGAUAUCGACUUUUCACUCAAAGAAGGAACCCAACCAAGACCUCCAACAAAUAUAGAAGUUCUAAAUGUGACCUCUAACGAGGUUUAUUUAACGAUCGAGGAGCCAGAAGUGACAGCCGAAGAGAACACAACGGGCAUGUAUCCUACCGCAAUCAGAGUGACACUCCGGCAAGAAGAUGAAAGUUAUUGGGAAAAUUGGGAAUUUGAAUUAGAUUAUAAUAAACUUUAUAUAAUUCGAAAUCUUACCGAGGAAACCACCUACAUGGUGCUGGCAGCCACCAAAAACGCCGCAGGACUAAGCGAAUACGUCAAUGUAACAUUCACGACAACCGCAUCUCCCUCUUCUUCGGCGAACGUAGUUAGCAGUUUAGGUUAUUUGUAUAUCAUAUUGUUAAUUUACUUUAAGAAUUAACGUUUAGUGAAACUCACCUCGUGCCUUUUAACAAAAUUUAUAAAUUAACUCUGCUUUGCUGCAACCGGGAGACAUUCGAUAUCACUUUGCAAAGUUACGUGGUUUUUACAAUAUAGUUGUUUAGUCAAUUCAUACAUACUCGAUAUUCUAAACUAGGAAAUACAUUCGAGUAGUACUAAGUUAAAAAAUCGAACUUGAAGAUUAUGAUAACACAAGAGAUGCGUAACUCCUUACAUUUUGAGUCUAAAUCUGAUAGUCUUUAGUAUUGAUCCUUGAGAUGGCUCUUGAAUAGAAAUAUUUUAUUUUCUCAAAAUAAAAUUGAAUUUUUAAAAGUCUUUCGCAUCCCUAUUGUCUCCAGCAGAUCUCAGAAGUUUCUUACUCUAAUGAUGGUAAUAUAGUACUUACGUUGCUUGAUCAUGAUGAUGGCAAAGUUUCUAUGAAGUUAGUUAAGAGCCCAAAAUAAGAAUAGAUGACGGAAUGGCAAACGCAGGUCAGAAAUUCACAAGUGAAAUUCAGAUAUGAUACAUAUUUUGUAAUUAAAUAAAUAAAUGAACGCUGGUCUAGAUAUGCAGUGGAAUUGUCAAGGAGCAGACUCACCGACUUCCAUAGCACCACUUACAAAAGUGAACUUAGCUGCAAAUGAUGAUUUACAAAAAUUUUUUAAAUAAAAAGAUAAACCUCCUCCUGCAUAUCUAAGUCGGUGUAUUUUAUUUAGGAAUAUAUUAAAUGUGGUUUUUGUAUUCAUA